AUGAACAACCAGCCCACCACAACCUUCAACACCACACGGACGACGACGGCGACGGCUUCCGGCCCCGCCGUCAAGGCGCGGCAACUGGCUCACCUCCAGUCUCAGCUCAGCAUGCUCUCCGCACAUCUCGCCGAUACCGACAGCCUUGUGCGCGUCACGGCAGCACAGGCGGGCUACCUGCGCGAGCUCGGUAGCUGGCACGCGGGCCUGUUCAUGGCCGCGAGCAAGGUUUUGGGCGAAGAUGGCGGUAGGGAGACUUCGCACGAGGAUGACCAGAGACAAUAA